CCCUGAAGCUUUCUUGUCUUUGCGCUUUCUCAUACUGCUAUUACAUCCGUCGUCGGCCUCGCUCGCCGCCCUACUCCCACGCCGGAUAAUGCCAGUCCUGGCAUGGAUACAAGGAAACUCAAGACCGUUACCUGCGAAGAUUCCAUGGACUAUGCAGACAAGGUUAAGCAAGAGCUAUCUGAAGCCGAUGCCUGCAUCUGCAGGCUUAUUUCCGUGAUUAUCCGUGCUAGAUCGGUGUCUCGGGAGAAGGCGCGUGAGAUCUGUCUUGACUAUACGAUGACAGGGCUAGACACUAUAUCUCAGCUCUCUAGAAGCAAGCCAUUCCUAUUUAUCUAUACCAGUGGUGCUAAGUCCGAGCGAGACCCAAGCAGGAGCCCUUGGUUGAUGAGUGACUACCUCUUACUGCGUACUCUCGGUUCUCCUAAGCUUCAAAUUUCUAUUGCUGUGCGGUACUAAGAGUCUCUAGGGCGAGGUUGAAACUCGUGCCCUUAACUAUGCCAAGGAGUCUGGGGGGGCUGUGGAGGCGUGUGUGGUCAAGCCUGGCCCUGUCGAUGGGGAGACAGGGCCGAUAAUAAGGGUGUUGCAAACGGUCGGUUGCUAUAUGAUUAAUAUGCCGAGAGUGGAAGUUAGUAACCUGGCGGCGGCGUUGCUACAACAAGUAGUGGAAGGGUUUGAUAAUGACACAUUACUUAACGAGGAC